UCAUUGCCACCUAUCAGAUAUCCUUCGCCCAGGCGUACGCUGAGGAUUGUUUGUUUCAGUGUGAUGGGCGGGUUUCUCUCUUAAUGUCAUGUCCAUCCACCGCGGCAUUUGCGGGAGAACUACUGCAGCUCUGAGGGACCUUCUGCGGCGACCUGGUCCGUGAAAUGCGGCUGCGCGGGCGGGAAGUUGGGGGAACUGCACGGCGCGCGGCUUAAGGGGAGCGGAGCCGCCUCGAGAAGCCGUCUGGCGAAGCCUCGUCGCCCGCCGGCUUUCGGGAUACUUUCGGCGAGCUGGAUGUCUGUUGGCAGAGCUAUGCGGCUUGCUAGGUAGCUGGACGGCUAGCUAAUUAGCUAGCUAGUGUGUUUGUAUAUAUAUAUUUAUGCUUUUUUUUCUUUCAUUCAAAGUCAAAUUAACGUUCUUGCCGAGGAAAGGCGCCGCAUCCCGGCUUAGUCGCGCUAACCAGAGCAGCCCGACUCCGCGUGUAGCAGCUAGUUAGCCGCCGCUCCGUUUACGCAGCGAGUCGCUGCCUUUCCCCGGUCCGACGGCGGACGGUGCGUCCUGGGGGGGAUGCUUUUAGGCAUGUUUGUUGGGUGACUCUCACUGUUUCGGAUGGUUUUUCUUUAAAGCGCCGACUUACUUUCUUCCCCUCCUUGUUUUUGUCGGUCUUCACGUUUGGUGCGCAGGAUGUUUACAGUGGAUGCUGAGAUCCGUACGGGGGCCGCGUAACCAGGGCCCCGGCGUCGCUUUGGGCUCUGGUACUGGUGGCAGUUGACGCUAACUGGGGUGCCCGACAGUUAUCGUCUCUUCUUUUCCUUAUCUCUCCACAGUGAGAGUCUAAGCUGACAUUAUUUGCACGGUGUCCGGCAACGUGCGGGGCGGGUGGACUUUACUAUGCUGUCAGCUGGCUAACGGUAAACGCAGAAGCGCUCUUUCUUGCACUUGGAGGCGGCCGGACACCUUUAUCGCCCAUAAAUAAAGCUGCAAUUUGGGCCGGACUCGUGUCGAAAGGCUACUAGCUAACGGGUAUAACGUGUCACGCCGUAGUGGGUGUGUGUGUGUGUGUGUGUGUGUUAGAGGCAGGGCGUCCGCGGCUCGGGCAUGGAGGGUGGGGGUAAUCCACAGAGAGCCAGCCCUCUAACGAGAGAACUGACCCGGACCUUUAGUGUGUAUAACAAGCACUCGGUGCUGCUGAAAAAGAACCUGAAAGAGACAGACUCAUUUUUCCGAGAGAUCCGGCAGAACUACAGCAAUGCCUGCGCGGCGUCUGCCGCCGGCUCCGAGAUGCUGGAGGUGGAAGCAGGUCAGCUGAGCUGCAUUUCCUUCCCCCGCCAUGAGGAGGAGUACCUGCAAUCCAGCGUGGGCAGCACGCCCCUUAUCGUCGUACUGGGGCAGGACUGCGCCUCCCGUUAUCAGCUGCUCAACACCCUCCUGGGGGAGCGACUUCUGCCGGCGGGGCCGGGGGACGGCAGCGUUCCCUGCGGGGAGGGAGGCGCCUGCAAACAUCGCAAGCUGCGCUUCACGCAUGGCCGCCAGACACGCCUCAGUCUGGCGCUGCCCGGCCAGUAUGAGCUGGUGCACCAGCUGGCAGCGCACCGUGGCCGCUGGGACACAGUGCCCCGGGAGGACCUGGAGAUCCAGGAAGAGUGUGAGGACCCUGCCCAGCGCCUGGCCGAGCUGGAGAUCACGCUGCAUCACGGCCUGCUGCAGGAGUGUAAGAUCCUGGUGGUGCCGUGCCCCACGGUGCAGCCCAUCGAGGACGCCCUGGAGGACUGUCAGCGCGACGUGGUUCCCAUUCUCCUCUAUGCUGUCAGCCAGGAGCUGCUCUCGGCUGGGCAUAUCGCAGAGCUGAAUGCUAUACGGCAGGCGCUCUCCUUCCCCGUCUGCUUCGUCCGCGUGCCGGCUGAGCCCGGUGAGCCGGCCACAGAGCGCAGUGAGCGGGAGCGCAGCCCCCUGCACCGGCAGCUGCUCUCCAUGGGCUUCAUCAGCUCCCCAGCAGGGAACUGCUCCUGCGGCGCCCCCUCCCAGGGUCCGCACCUCUCGGCCAGGCCCCAGAGCGCCCUGGGCGAGUCCUUCGAGCGGCUGCACCGCCUCCUGGUGCCUUUCGCCCGGCAGGUGCUGCAGUACCAGCAAGUGGAGGCCACCAGCAUCCUGAACGCAUUACACUGUCGCUGCCUGGACCUCUUCAUCAACCAGGCUUUUGACAUGCAGCGAGACCUUCAAAUCACGCCCCGCCGCCUGGAGUAUACGCGUGAGAAGGAGGGAGAGCUCUACUCCUCCCUCAUGGCCAUCGCCAACCGCAAGCAGGAGGAGAUGAAGGAGAUGAUCGUGGAGACGCUGAGCAGCAUGAAGGAACAGCUGCUGGAGGAUGCCGCCAACCUGGAAUUCACAGAUAUCAUUGUGACACCCAAUGGUGAGCCAGUCACCUCCCGGGAUAUCAAAUCCUGCAUCCAGCAGAUCCAGGAACUGAUUGUGGUGCGGCUGAACCAGGCAGUGGCUAACAAGCUCAUCAGCUCGGUGGACUACCUCCGCGAGAGCUUCGUGGGGACCCUGGAGCGCUGCCUCAGCAGCUUGGAGUCCAACCUGGACUCCUCUGUGCACAACAUCACCUCCAAUCAUCUCAAGCAGAUCCUCAACGCCGCCUACCAUGUUGAGGUUACCUUCCAUUCGGGCUCGUCGGUCACGCGGUUGGUGUGGGAGCAGAUUAAACAGAUCCUCCAGAGGCUGACGUGGGUGAACCCACCGGCCAUUACGCCCGACUGGAAGAGGAAAGUGGCCCAGGAUGCCAUCGAGAGCCUGAGCGCCGCCAAACUGGCCAAGAGCAUCUGCUCCCAAUUCCGUACACGGCUCAACAGCUCCCACGAGGCCUUCGCUGCCUCCCUGCGGCAGCUGGAGGAGGGCCACACAGGGCGCCUGGAGCGAACGGAGGACCUGUGGCUGCGCGUGCGGAAGGACCACGCCCCCCGCCUGGCCCGCCUCUCCCUGGAGAGCCGCUCGCUGUGGGAUGCACUACUGCACGGCAAGCCGAAGCUGGGCCGGGAGCUGGGUCGCGGCCAGUACGGCGUGGUCUACCUCUGUGACAGCUGGGGGGGCCACUAUCCCUGUGCCCUCAAGUCCGUCGUGCCUCCGGACGACAAGCACUGGAACGACCUAGCGUUGGAAUUCCACUACACCCGGUCCCUGCCGAAGCACGAGCGGCUAGUGGACCUGCACGGCUCCAUCAUCGACCACUCGUACGGAGGUGGAUCCAGCAUCGCCGUGCUGCUCAUCAUGGAGCGGCUCCAGCGGGACCUCUACACGGGGCUCAAGGCCGGGCUCUCCUUACGCGAACGGCUGCAGAUCGCCCUGGACGUCGUGGAGGGGAUCCGCUUCUUGCACAGUCAGGGCCUCCUACACCGUGACAUCAAACUGAAGAAUGUUCUGCUGGACAAACAGAACCGUGCCAAGAUCACCGACCUGGGUUUCUGCAAGCCAGAGGCCAUGAUGUCUGGCAGUAUUGUGGGGACUCCUAUUCACAUGGCGCCAGAGCUGUUCACAGGAAAGUAUGACAAUUCUGUAGACGUUUAUGCCUUCGGGAUCUUGUUCUGGUACCUGUGCACUGGCUCCGUCAAGCUGCCCGAAGCCUUCGAGAAGUGUUCAAGCAAGGAUCAGCUCUGGAACAACGUGAAGAAAGGUGCCAGGCCAGAGCGCUUGGCAACCUUCGACGAGGAGUGCUGGCAGCUGAUGGAGGCCUGUUGGAACGGGGACGCCUCCCAGCGGCCCCUACUGGGCAUCGUGCAGCCCAGUCUGCAAAGCAUCAUGGUCCGUAUGUGCCCCUCAAAGUCUGACGAGAAGAGCGCGGGCCUCGAUGACUCCACCUGAACCUAAACGGGGCUGAACUCUCCAGAAAGGCCCAUAGAAAGGAAACAGUUACAGAAAAGAAUCGGCCUGGAAAGGCAAGGAUGGGACUGAGGAAGCGUAACGUUCUUUUAUGAGAGUUAUAUACACUAUUUAAGAGGACCUAAGAGGUGGAAAAACCCACGACAUGCACACCAAUCUGUGCUUAUAUAUAUAUAUAGAUAUGUAUUGCGUAUUUAUAUAUAAUUCAAGCAUACACUAUGCUUCUAUUUUAGCAUGCAUGCUAAUGUUUGCGUUUCAUAGGAUUUGUUACUAGACAUAAAACAUUGUUUUACAAAUAGUAAAAUUUCAAGUAUUAGGAAAAGACAUUAAUUUUGUUGGUAUUUAAAAGCUAUGUUAUAAAUGAAUUUUUUAAUAAAAAGACUUUGACAAACA